AAAAAAAAACAGCAAAAAGGAAAAAAAGAAAGGCGAGGAAAGAAGGAGGUCGGUUCCUUGCGCCCAACGUAUCUUCAGGUUCAGGCUCGGAGCUAGGCUCGGAGCUUUCGUACAUGUAUGACUUUUAAAAGGAUAAGAACAAAACCCCGCCACCUACAAGUAAGUAACCCCAUUUUCUUCUCUCCCUCUCACCGCCUCCACUUGCUCUUCUUUCCUUUUCUUCCCCAUUUGUGCUUUGCCCACUCACAAUUUCUCAAACACACCAAAAAAUAAACAUUCGAUAAUUUAUCAAUGGCGAUUGACAAUCAAGAAUCCGGCGUUCGCGAAAUCAAACCCAAGAACAGAAGGAUAAUGGGAGCCGGAGGACCUGACGAGGAGGACAGCCACCGGUGGCCGCCGUGGCUGAAGCCCCUUCUCAGGGAACAAUUCUUCGUCAACUGCAAAUACCACACCGACUCUCACAAAAGCGAAUGCAAUAUGUACUGUUUGGACUGUACUAACGGCCCACUCUGUUCUCUCUGCUUGGCCCAUCACAAGGAUCAUCGUGCAAUUCAGAUAAGGAGGUCAUCUUACCACGACGUGAUAAGAGUUUCGGAAAUUCAAAAGUAUCUUGAUAUCAGCUGUGUCCAGACGUACAUCAUCAACAGUGCAAAGGUUGUCUUCCUCAACGAGCGUCCUCAGCCGAGGCCUGGAAAGGGCGUCACCAACACGUGCGAAGUCUGUGACCGCAGCCUACUCGACUCUUUUCGAUUCUGUUCACUCGGCUGUAAGAUUGUUGGGACUUCCAAGAGCUUCGGCCGGAGGACACAGUCGCCGGAGAAGAAAAGGGCGGCGGAUUCCGGCGAGUCGACGAGCAGCAGCAGCUGCAGCAGCUCCGAUGGGCGGCGGCCGAGCUUCACGCCGUCGACGCCGCCUCCGACGGCCGUCAGCUACCGGACGGUGAAGCGGAGGAAGGGGAUUCCUCAUAGAGCUCCGACGGGGUGCCUCGAGAUGGAGAUUAGCUUCGUGAGGCAUGUUUUGACUGGUUUAGGUAAGUACCAAUCAGUGGCUCUCUUGGUCGCCGCCUUUGAACAGGUCACAAACGGUGUCGUCCUACAAGGACGCGUGUCGAGCAUAGAUUGGCUGAUCAAAAAGACAGGUGUUGGAAUCAUGAGUUAG